GAGUGAAGGGGAUAGAUGCAAUUGGUGUUGUGGAGAAAGAAAUCAAGCCCAGGUGACCUGAUCCAUACUGGCCAUGCUGCUGUUUGCUUGCUUUGCCUGCUGUACCAGGUGACCAUGCUUAUCCUUGGCUCAGCUCUUCUGCAGCUGCUCUGGGCUGUGUGUGCUCCAGCCUCUGUGAUGCAACAGUCCACUCUCAUCUCUUUCAUCCCCAACAACACUCGCCUUCAGCAUCUGGUCAGGGACCCAAGCUCAGGGACCCUCUAUUUGGGGGCCACCAACUUCUUGUUCCAACUGAAUUCAGAGCUCACGCUUGAGGCCACGGUGUCCACAGGGCCUGUGCUGGACAGCAGAGACUGUCUGCCCCCCGUGUUGCCUCUUGAGUGCCCACAGGCCCAACCCACGGACAACCCCAACCAGCUGCUGCUGGUGAGCCCCCGUGGGCCUGGUGGAGAUGAAGGGGCCUUAGUGGUGUGUGGGAGUGCACACCAGGGAGUAUGUGAACAGCGACGCCUUGACCACAUCGGGCAGCUCUUGCUUCGUCCAGAGCGCCCAGGGGAUACUCAGUAUGUGGCGGCCAAUGAUCCAGCCAUCAGCACAGUGGGGCUGGUGGGACAAGGUCCAGCUGGGGAGCCUCUGUUGUUUGUAGGCCGGGGCUAUACCAGCCGGGGUGUCGGAGGGGGCAUCCCUCCCAUCACAACCCGGGCGCUGCGUCCCUCUGACCCACAGGCUGCGUUCUCCUAUGAGGAGACAGCCAAGCUAGCUGUGGGCCGGCUGUCUGAAUAUAGCCACCAUUUUGUGGCUGCCUUUGCCCGUCGAACCAGCGUCUACUUCCUGUUCUUGCGGCGAGACCUGCAAGCCCAGUCCCGAGCCUUCCGUCCCUACUUAUCGCGAGUCUGCCUGAGUGAUCAGCAUUAUUAUUCCUAUGUGGAGCUUCCGCUGUCUUGUGGAGGGGCACCCUAUGGCCUGGUCCAGGCGGCAGCUGUGGCUGUUCCUGGGAUGGGGUCCCAGGGAGAUGGCAGAGAGGUGCUGUUUGCUGCUUUUUCUUCAGUCAACCCUUCUGCUGCUGGUCGUGCCCCUACUGCUGGAGUCUCUGGGGCCUCUGCACUCUGUGCUUUCCCAUUAGAUGAGGUUGACCAGUUGGCCAACCGAACACGAGAUGCUUGCUACACACGGGAUGGACGGGCAGAGGAUGGAACUGAGAUUGCCUACAUCGAAUAUGAUGUCAACUCCAACUGUGCCCAGCUGCCUCUUGAUACACUGGAUGCCUACCCCUGUGGGUCAGACCACACGCCCAGCCCAAUGGCCAGCCGAGUUCCCUUAAAGGCUAUACCCCUGGUGGAGUGGGCAGAUGUCCAGUUAACAGCUGUGGCAGUCAGUGUGGAAGAUGGACACACCAUUGCCUUCCUGGGAGAUAGCCAAGGGCAGCUGCACAAGGUUUACUUGGGCCCAGAAGGUGACCAUCGUCCUUAUGCAACUCAGCUCAUCCAGAGUGACUCAGCAGUGAGCAGUGACCUAAUCUUUGACUGGGCCCUGGAACAUCUGUAUGUCAUGACUCAGAACACAGUAGUGAGGGUCCCAGUGGCCUCCUGCUCUCAGCAUUUGAACUGCACAUCGUGUCUGGCCCCCAAGGACCCCUACUGUGGGUGGUGUGUUCUUCUUGGACGGUGCAGCCGACGUUCUGAGUGCUCCCGAGGCCGGGGCCCAGAGCCCUGGCUGUGGAGCUUCAGUCCUGAGCCUAAGUGUCUACGAAUCCAGUCUGUGAGUCCUGCCAACGUUAGCAGGGAGGAGAAGAGAAAUAUAUUCCUGUCAAUCUCAGAUCUGCCUGUCCUACGACCAGAUGAGUCAUAUUCAUGUUAUUUUGAAGAGUAUGAGAGUCCAGCGGUUUGGACUGAUGCUGGCGUGAUGUGUCCCUCCCCGGACCCCAGUCGGACCCCUGCCCUGCAGAUGGGUGCUGAUCAUGUCUUAGUGCCUUUAUUGCUGAAGUUUGGGGAAGUAGUAAUUGCAUCCACUGAGUUCUCCUUCUAUGACUGUGCUGCUGUGGCUGUGCUUCAUCUGUCUACACCAUGCCAGGCCUGUGUGCAGAGCACCUGGGGGUGCAGCUGGUGUGUGUGGCAGCAUCUGUGUACCCACAAGACAGCCUGUGAAGCAGGGCCUAUUGUGCACAGCCAGAGGCUGCCUUUGUCAGCCUCCUGGCCACUCCUCUCUUCGGUGGCUCCCACAGGGGAUGUUCACACUUUUACCCUUUCUGUGCCCCCAACUCCUGUUACUCCUGUUCCUAAACUUCCCCCAACAGAGCCUGGCACUCUCCUUGUGGAGUCCACUUCCCCCUCCACAGAUCCCAUGCCUCCCCCAACAGAACAGACACCUAGGACACCUCCCCCAAAGCCUGGGCCUCCCCUCACAGUCCCCAUGCCUGCCUCCACGGCCCCUCCAACGACAGAGGCCUUUGCCUUUAUACCUAGCACUGUUGGGUCAGAGGUGACUCUUGGUCCAGCCCUGGAGACCUCUCUGACGGAGGAGCCUAGCCAUCUCCCCAGCAUCUCUGUGGAUCCUGGGAUCAUGGAGGGUGUAGGUGACACUGUCACCAUAGUGGAUGCCCCUGGAGCAGUGACCAAACUUGAGGACAUUUUGCCCCCGGCCCCUUCGCCAUCUCCACUAGGAGGGCAGCCCUCCGAUACAACGGUUCUGACCUCUUCAUCUUGGGACCUUGGUACCCUGGCCCUUUCCUCCUCUCCUCCCUGGGAUCAUGCUCCCAGCACUGGCCCCUCCACCACUUUCCCAGGGGUUGCUGGCUCCGAGGAGCAUGCCCCUGACUGGCUGCUCAGAGAGGAUGAACUGCCGGAGGCGGACGAGUGGACAGGGAGUGACGCAUCGCCCUUCUCCACUUCCACCCUCCUCUCAGGUGACGGAGACUCAUCGGAAUUCGAGGGCCCCAACGCCCCCCACAUCCUCCUCCCUGACCUCGACUACCAGUAUGACUCCCCCGGGCUCUGGGAGCUGGAAGAAGCAGUGAAUCAGGGUCCAGCUGCGUGUCCUUGUGUGGAGGGUAUUGAGGGCUCUUCCUUGCUGCCUGUCCAGAUAGAACAUGAACUGACCCUUCUAGGAAGGAAUUUCCAUUUGUACCAAGAUGGGCUAGGGGACUAUGAAUGUGUGCUGGAGCUGGAGGGUCAUAUGGAAGUGACAGAAGCCAGAGUGGAGUGUGAUGGGGUCACAGGUGCUCUCUGUCGCAUCAUCUGCCAGUUGCACCAGCUUAGCUAUGCAGCCCCACAGCCCGAGUUCCACGUGCCUAUGUUCUUGCGGAAGUCGGGAAGGCUUCGAAUGGACAGUGCAGAGGGGCUUCAUGUGACACUGUACGACUGCUCUGUGGGACGCCCAGACUGCAGCCUCUGCCGUACGGCGGACCCUCGCUACAGUUGUGUGUGGUGUGAUGGCGACCAUCCCCAGUGUGCAGCCCGUGAGGCCUGUGCUGAGGCUGAGGCAGCUCUGUGUCCUGCUCCCCUCAUCCACACGGUGGAGCCACUGACUGGGCCCGUGGAUGGGGGCACCCGCAUUACCAUCCGCGGAUCCAACCUGGGCCAGAAGCAUCAAGACAUUGCAGAGACAGUCGCCGUGGCUGGAGUGCCUUGUGUUGUGGAUGCCCGGGAGUAUGAGGUCUCAAGCAGCAUUGUGUGUGUCACUGGUGCCAGUGGGGAGGAGAAAGUGGGUCAUGUGACUGUGGAAGUUCCUGGUGGAGGACAUGGCAUCUCUGACCACAAAUUUGCCUAUCAGGAUCCCGAGGUGAAGUCUAUCUUUCCUAUCCGAGGUCCCAAGGCUGGGGGUACGUAUCUGACCCUUCAGGGUUCCAAGCUGCUAACUGGACGAUUGGAGGACAUUCGAGUGUUGGUUGGUGACCAUCCCUGUCAACUUUUCUCAGUGGCCCAGAUGGAACAGCUGCAGUGUCAGACGAGUCCGAGUCCUGUGUCUGCGGCACUGCAGGUGGCUGUGUGGUUUGGGGGUGUGGAGAGGCAGCUGCAGCAGGGCCUCUUCCAGUACACACCGGACCCUAACAUAACCUCUGCUGGCCCAGCCAAGAGCUUCAUCAGUGGAGGGCGUGUGAUCUGGGUCCAUGGGCAGAACUUGGAUGUGGUGCAGACGCCAAGAAUCCGGGUCACGAUAUCAACUCAGGAGCAGCAUCUGCGUCAGCGACGGGGGCUGGGCCGAAGACGCCGGAUCGUCCCAGAGACUGGGCCCGAAUGUUCGCAGGAUACUCCAUGCAGCACACGACACUUUGAGGAGCCAUGCCAUAUCAACUCCUCCCACCUGCUUGUGUGCCGUACCCCAGCCAUCCCUGGGAUCUCAGGUGGUACAUGGGUCCAGCUGGAGUUUGUCCUCGACAAUCUGCUCUUUGACUUUGCUACCCUGCAUCCCACACGCUUCUCCUAUGAGGCCAACCCCAUCCUGAGGCCCCUCAACGUGGAGGACCCCUCCUCGCCGUUCCGACACAAGCCUGGGAGCGUGCUUUCUGUGGAGGGGGAGAAUCUGGAUCUAGCAAUCUCUAAGGAUGAAGUGGUUGCCAUGAUUGGUGAUGGUACUUGCCUAGUGAAGACCCUGACACGGAACCACUUGUAUUGUGAACCCCCUGCAGAGCAGCCCCCUCCUAGGCACCGGGAAGGGUUGAACUCCCUCCCUGAGUUCACAGUGCAGAUGGGCAACCUGAACUUUACCCUUGGCCGAGUACAAUAUGACAUCGAGAGUCCCCUUGCCUUCCCUGUAGGAGCCCAGGUUGGACUGGGUGUGGGUGCCUCUCUCCUUGCACUUGGUGUCCUCAUCAUCGUCUUCAUCUAUAGGAGGAAGAGCAAACAGGCCCUGAGGGACUAUAAGAAAGUGCAAAUCCAGUUGGAGAAUCUGGAAACCAGUGUUCGAGAUCGCUGCAAGAAAGAGUUUACAGACUUGAUGACAGAGAUGACAGAUCUUACCAGUGACUUGGUGGGCAGUGGGAUCCCAUUUCUGGACUACAAGUCAUAUGCAGAGCGUGUCUUCUUCCCUGGUCACCGGCAGUCACCCCUACACAGAGACUUGGGGGUACCCGAGAGUCGAAGGCCCACAGUGGAGCAGGGGCUGGGGCAGCUGUCCAAUCUACUGAACAGCAAACUCUUUCUCACCAAGUUCAUCCACACACUGGAGAGUCAGCGCACUUUCUCACCCCGAGACCGUGCUUACGUGGCGUCCCUACUCACUGUGGCAUUGCACGGGAAGCUGGAGUAUUUCACUGACAUUCUCCGGACAUUACUCAGUGACCUGGUGGCCCAGUAUGUGGCCAAGAACCCUAAGCUCAUGCUACGGAGGACUGAGACUGUGGUGGAAAAGUUGCUCACCAAUUGGAUGUCUAUUUGCCUCUACACCUUUGUACGGGACUCGGUGGGUGAACCCCUCUACAUGCUCUUCCGAGGGAUCAAGCACCAGGUGGACAAGGGGCCUGUGGACAGUGUGACUGGCAAGGCCAAGUACACAUUGAAUGACAACCGUCUGCUUCGAGAGGACCUGGAAUACCGUCCUCUGACAUUAAAUGCAGUAACAGUGCCAGGGGUCGGGUUGGCAGAGUCUCCAGGCGUCCCUGUGAAGGUCCUAGACUGUGACACCAUUUCCCAGGCCAAGGAGAAGAUUCUGGACCAGCUAUACAAGGGAGUGCCCCUUGCCCAGCGGCCAGACCCUGGUGCCCUGGAUGUUGAAUGGCGGUCAGGGGUGGCUGGUCACCUCAUCCUGUCUGAUGAGGAUGUCACCUCUGUGGUCCAAGGCGCAUGGAGGCGGCUGAACACCUUGCAGCAUUAUAAGGUUCCUGAUGGAGCAACUGUGGCCCUGGUUCCCCGCUUCAGCAAGCACAUUCCCCGGGAAAACCAGGAUUAUGUCCCUGGAGAGAAAACCCCAAUGUUGGAAGACAUGGAUGAGGGAGGCAUCCGUCCCUGGCAUCUAGUGAAGCCGAGCGAGGAGCCAGAACCACCCAGGCAAAGGAGGGGAAGCCUUCGGGGUGGAGAUCGGGAAAGAGCCAAAGCCAUCCCUGAGAUCUACUUGACUCGUCUGUUGUCCAUGAAGGGCACCCUGCAGACGUUCGUGGAUGACUUAUUCCAGGUGAUCCUGAGUACCAGCCGCCCAGUGCCCCUGGCCAUCAAGUAUUUCUUUGACUUGCUGGAUGAUCAGGCCCAGCAGCAUGGUAUCUCAGACCAGGACACCAUCCACAUCUGGAAGACCAACAGUCUGCCCCUGAGGUUCUGGAUCAACAUCAUCAAGAACCCUCAGUUUGUUUUUGAUGUCCAGACGUCAGACAACAUGGAUGCUGUGCUCUUAGUCAUCGCCCAAACCUUCAUGGAUGCCUGCACUCUUGCAGACCACAAGUUGGGUCGGGACUCACCCAUCAACAAGCUGCUCUAUGCCCGAGACAUCCCACGCUACAAGCAGAUGGUGGAGAGGUAUUAUGCAGACAUUAGGCAAACCAUCUCAGCCAGCGAUCAGGAGAUGAAUUCAGCCCUAGCUGAGCUGUCCAGGAAUUAUUCUGGGGACCUCAGUGCCCUGGUGGCACUGCAUGAACUCUACAAGUAUAUCAACAAAUACUAUGACCAGAUCAUCACUGCCCUGGAGGAAGAUGGCACUGCCCAGAAGAUGCAGCUGGGUUACCGGCUCCAACAGAUUGCUGCUGCUGUAGAGAACAAAGUCACUGACUUGUGACCUCCCCUCACCGAGCUGGUCCUGACAGGCCCUCUCCCUUUGACCCCCAUGGCCUGGACACACACCCUGCUAUGGCCUCAAAAGCCUGGGAAGUGGAUCCUCCUACCUCCCCCCACCGGGGUGGCCUCAUACAGGAUGAGGGCCCUGGUGCUGGAAGAAAUGCUCUUUUGUGACUGAUUUUCCAAGCAGAGUUUAGUGGGAGCAACAGGGUCUGGGCUUCCUGGAGCUCUGGCCACAGGCCCCUCAAGCACUAUGGCAGUGGCCUCAAGCCACGUGUGGAGAUCCCCUCUCCAUGAGCUCACUAGCCCUGGAGGAUUUUCCUUCUCUGUGCAGUACUGAGCUGGCCCUCUCAGCUGUUCCUGCUUGGACUGUGGAUACAGAAUCAGGGUUCAGUUUUCCCUUGGGGGAUAGACAGGGAGAACAAAGGAUGCAGCUCACAUAGGAUGCCCUGUUGGAUCCUGUCAUUCUGCUCUUCAAGGCUAAAGUCGAGGGAGCAGGGAUGUGGUCCCAUCCCCCUUCUCCAGCUUCCCCCAUCAGCCCUGCUGGAUUGUGGGUCCCCAUCCUUUGUGAUUCUGAAUCCUCUCCCAGGAUCCCCACAGACUGAUCCCUAGUCAGGUCUAGCUGCUUCGGGCAGCAAUCCUGGGGGUGGAGAAUGGGGGAGAGGUGCCCAUCCUGCCCAUCCUCAUAACCCCUUCUCCAGUGAUAAAAGCCUGCCUCUGUUGAAAAGAAAAAUUGGUAUAAAGUCUUGAUGAGGCUCUGACCUUGUGACCUAGUGAUGUAACUGUAGUGGUGGCCCUGACUGACACCUGGUGAUCAUUAAAGGAUAACACUGACCUCA